GUUUUGUUUUAGAUGAAAAUAAUACAUUAUAAUUUAUUAUUAUUUUAAUAAUAAUAUUAGUUGUUUUUAAUAUUUAUUAAGUCGAGUUUUUGAUGCAUACGAUAAUUUUAACCGAAUCCAUUGUGAUCGAUGUUUUAUAUUACGUUCGAGAACUUUGAUGAUGCGACGUUUCUCGUUCGCUGUCGUUGUAGCCACAGCGUUAUGGCUACAGCAGACUGUCGAAACCGGCGGUAAGACAUAUUCUGUCGUGCCCUCAUUUUGGUCGAACGUCACCGCCGAAUUUCCAUUUUUAGUGGGGUUGACCACCGGAGAAAAAGACGACGAAACGAACUGGCAGACCCUUAUUUGCUCAGGAACCUUGAUAUCUUCAAUAUUCGUUUUGUCGUCAGCGUAUUGCACGUCGAGUUUGAUGACCACGGACAAAUCGAAUUUGGACGGCUCUUCAUUAAUCGUACGAGCAUAUUGGAAAACACCCAGGAACUCCGUCAAGUACCACCGGACCAUAAGUGUUCACAACCAUCCGUCAUACAACAAAGACACACGCAUUUCCGACUUAUCGCUGGUAAAGCUUAAGAAGCCAUUCAAAAAUGUUGAACAUUUCGUCGGGUUAUCGCCAAGAACGUUGAAAAGUGACGUUGAACUGAAUUGCGUAAUUGUAGGGAUAGGUGCGCCCCAUGAACGAGGUUAUAAGGUCCCAGUUCGUGUAAAAUAUGGCCGCACUGCUUGCCGGAUUCCAAAAUCAAACCCUAGUCUCGAGUUUGUGAUCGGCUACACUUGGGCGGAUUUCUUGUGUGCAGAGACGAUAGGCCCAGGAGUUACGCGAUUGCCGUGUGACCGGUCUGACCCACUGCUAUGCUCCAGCGGUCGGCAUCAGUAUGGAAUCUUUAGCUAUGGGUACGACGGCACAGAUGCGUCUCUGGCAACAGAGGCAAUUGAGUGCGGUGAUUCGGCUGUCCAGGGCAGACUCUUGUUUGUCAAUAGGCACCAUGGCUGGAUUUCUGAGACGAUGACGAAAGACAUGGUAGGCGACAAUGACGGCUCAUGGCAGUUCGGAAAAAAUGGCAGAACUACAACGAGGCAUCGUCACACCACGCAGCCACGAUCGACAACCAACUCGACUCAAGCAGUAGUGCCGCACGUAACCAGCACGGCCCGUCCGGUCCUACCGGAAAUCGACUACCCGUAUCUGGUAUACUUAGAAGGUCUGAUUGACGAACCGGUGUGUGGCGGUACUCUAAUAACACCCUGGCACGUUCUCACGACCGCUUACUGUACAACGAGGAUGACCGAAAUCGUGGUAACCGUUACAGCAUAUCAUAGACAACACGCAAACGCAAGACUCGUUUACGUUCAUCCAGAUUUUGACUCGUACACACUGACCUCGGACAUCAGCAUCGUAGUUUUACGCGAACCGUUAAACGUGACUAGGUACGCGCAGCUGCCAGAUAUUAUCAGUGACCCGAUCGACGACAACUCCACUACCAAAGCGCUGGAUUGCGUGGUGGUGGCGAGCAGAUGGAUGACACCCUAUUAUUACAUUCCGGUCAAUGUUAUGUACGGGCUCAAAGCUUGUCGAGAAUCAUUCGAUUCGGAAAUUCAGACGACUGUCAGCAAGACUUGGCGCGAGUUCAUCUGUGGAAUGCCCAAUCAAGGACUUCGGAACGACACGGGGGAUCCGUUAAUUUGCAACGGAUUUCAGUACGGCAUAAUUAGUCACGCUUAUCGGACCAAGAUGCAAGCCUCCGAAACCGGAAGUAUCGAUCUUCAAGUGCGUUUCUUGAUAGUUGACUAUCAUAGAGAGUGGAUCUACGGCGUGAUCGCGGCUGAUAAUCGAAUCGACACUAACGAUGGAAGUCCAUACGCAUUCCCUAGACUCUCGAUCAGCCUAGUUCUGCCGCUGCUAACAAUCGUAUUCCAAUUAUUGUCACAGUUAAGGUAGAGGAAUCGUUCGAUGACAACAGGUAAGAACAUAUACAUUUUGUGUAAUAAGAACAUCUGGUGUUUACUGUAUACC